AUGAUUUUCCGACCCAAGGUCGUUGUACUACCCGUUACCAAUCAAGUAAUCCAGCAUGUUGAAGCUUCGGCUGCUGCCAAAGGUGUUACUUCCAUGAAGUUCUUCGAUAGGAAGAGAGAUUUGGAGACAUUUCAAAAUGGCGAUCAAAUCGCAGGAGUGGAUGACACGGAACAAGGUUACUUAGUAGAAGAAGCCUUUGAUCAGGACUAUGAACCUGAAGAUGAAGAUGAACGUGAUUUCAACCUACAUGGACAAUUCGAUGAUAUCAAUGACUCCAAAAGAGAAGCGCUCUUGGCAGAUGCAGACAAUGAUGUCGAUGAUAUGCCAGAACUCACUGUCAGAUUCCAAGGGGAUGAUGACUAUGAAUCAGAUGACGAUUCAGGUGAUCAAGGCGACGGAGAGGAAGAACCUAUUGGUGUGGUCGAUUGGGAUCACCAUCAAGAAAAUGUCGAUAGAGGAACCGGUGAUAUUGGGAGGCUGGUUACUGAUCUGGGGGACCUACAAGAGCCACCAGAAGAAGAGAUUGUAUUUGAGCCUGAAACGCCUCAAGUAGCCAAAGUCACUCAAUCUGGGCAAACGUAUGCGCAAGCUGCAGUGUCUGGGCUGAACCUUUCCCAAGUUCCAAAGAAACCAAGAGAAUGGCCUUCGAGCAGGAGUGGCAGUUCUGCCAAUAAGAACAAGAAUCAAGUUGCGACAAGACGCAAGCAUCAAGAAAGAGAAUUGAAACCGUUGAAGAACAAGUUAAAAUCUGGUACUUGUACCAAAGAAGGAAGUCGCAGUACUAAAGACAGUGAAGCUAUCCUUGAAGCACAGCACAAUCUAUGUUUCCAACAGAUUGGGAACGAGAUGAAAGCUGAUUAUGCAGAGCACAAUGCUAUUCUGAUUGCUUGUUGCAUGAUGAAGAUGGCCAAGUUUGAUACUGAAGAAGGUCUGAACUUCAUCCAACAGUACUACAUCAAUCAAGGACUGAAGAAGUUUGGUGAUAAUGGAAAGAAUGCUGUGGAUAAGGAAUUGAGACAAAUGCUUCUGAGAGAUUGUUUCACUCCGGAAUUUGUUAAAGACAUGACCGCGUCUGAGCGAAAGAAGGCCCGAUCAGCGAUGAUGUUACUAGCAGAGAAGCAAUUUGAAAAUACAAUUAAAGGUUGCCUAGUAUACCAAGGCGAUGGAACUCGUGAAUGGUUUUUGCAAGAGGACACUGCAAGUCCAACUGCUUUGCAAGAAGCAAUCACCACUACUUGUGUUAUUGAUGCACACAAAGGUAGAGAUAUAAUGACAAUGGACGUGCCUAACGCUUUCAUUCAAACUUAUAUGCCUGAAGCUAAGGAAGGAGAAGAUUGUAUCUACAUGAAAAUCACUGGCAUGAUGGUCCAGAUAUUGAUUGACAUGGCCCCAGAGUAUCGCAAAUACGUUGUAUUAGAGAACGGAAAGCGAGUAAUCGAUGUGCGAUCGCUAUAUGUUCCGAGUAAAAAUUACUCGUUCCGAAUAAAAAUUGCUUGUUCCGAAUAA